AUGGUCAGCAUGCCACAACUCCCAGCUCCAUCCACUCGCCGUUGCGAGCCGGGGUGGCCUCGCAUCGCGAUCCUCGCCAACUCGCACAUUGCCUCCGCGCGCGUCUUCGCGUCCACGUCCGCAUCCAUUGCCGCCGCACCUGCACUCCAGGCCGAACCUGCUCCGCCCUGCGCUUACGAGCAGCCCGAUCGGAACGCAGUCCAUCGACCGCUCGUAGAAGGCUUCGCCAGCGCCGAUGCAUUCUCGCGUUGGACCAAGCCGCAGGAACAUCGAAUUCUGACCGAACUUGCUUCUCCGACUUCCACCUUUCCGCGACCUCCGCUUGCUGCCGCCCAUGCUGCUGUUCCAACCUUGCCCCGACUUGGCUCUUUUGCGAAUUUCGACUCCGCCGUCGCCACCGCCUCCGCCACCGCCAUCGCGGUCUCUAUCGCCGAUGCCAUCGCCCGGCUUGCCUCACCUCCACCUAUGGCUUCUCCUCCGCUCUACCCCCUCGAGGAGAUCAUCGCCGCUCGCCCCAAGCGUGCCGGAGCCGGCCGUACCAGCCAGCGCGGACGCAAGGGUGGCCGUAGCGGCCGUCCCAGCGCCAAGGCUGCCGCCGUCGGUGCUGGUGCCCAGAAUGCCGCGGUGAUCGCCGCCUCCAACCGCAACAAGCCCCCCGUCGUUAUCCCCGGCCGCAGCGCCAACACCGGCAGCAAGAUCAUCCUCAGCAAUCUGCCUCUCGAUGUCACCGAGGCACAAGUCAAGGAACUCUUCUCCACCACUAUCGGGCCUCUUCGCAAGGUGGCCAUGAGCUACCGCGCCAACGGACAGUCGACGGGCGUCUGCACCGUCGAGUUCCAGCGCGCCGACGACGCAGGCCGCGCCUACACUCAGUACAACAACCGAUUGAUCGACGGCAAGAAGCCCCUCAAGGUCGAAGUGGUCGUGGACCCCGCCAAGGUCGCUGCGGCGCCAGCAGCUGGUGCGCGCGGCGCCAAGGGUGCAGCGGGUGCCGCUGCCGCUGGAGCCAAGGGCCGAGGUGGCCGUGCUGCUGCCGGUGCUGCCAAGCGCGGCCGCGGUGGCCGUGGCAACGGCAGUGGCAGCGGCGCCAAGCGCGAGGCGCGCCCCAAGAAGACGGUUGAGGAUCUCGACGCCGAGAUGGAGGACUACAACAAGCAGGGCUCCACCGACGCUGCCCCUGCCGCCUAA